CUCUCUCUCUCUCUUUCUUUUAUAUAUUUUUUAUUAACUAUUUUAUACACUAUAUAUACAUAGUAUACAUAAAUAGUUAGUUGAUUAAAAAUUAAUUAUAUACAAUUUUUAUACACACAUACAAAAUAUAUAUAUAUAUAUAAUAAUUUAUCCUUCUUUUUAAAUAUUUUCUUUUCUUUUCUUUCUUAUUGACUUAUUGCAUCUUAUAUAUACACAUAAAAAAAAUAAUUCUAUAAAACAUACUCCCUUAUGAAUUCAAAGAAUCAAAAGGCGAUUGACGAAGAGAAGAAACAGUCGGUCGACAUACAAGACCAUGUGUCAUUUGAAGCAUUUAGUGUUGUUGAUUCGGCAGAUCAGUCCUUCAAAGACAUUGACCGUGAAGGAGCAGGAUCAUCAUUCCUUGCAUACUUUAACGUAGUGUGUGUGGUUGCUGGUACUGGAACACUCGGUCUGCCAUAUGCCUUGAAACAGGGUGGAUGGAUCGGUGUGUUUGUAAUAUUCCUAGCCUGGGCAAUGUCAAUUUACACUGGAAUAAUCUUGGUCCGUUGCCUUUAUGCUUGUGGAAAACACAGACUACAUACCUACAAAGACAUUGCAACAGCAGCAUUCGGAUUCGUCGGUGGAUGGGUCACCUUUUUUUUCAACUUCAUUCUCCUUCUUGGCGCCCCGGUUCUCUACAUGGUCCUGUCCGGCAGUAAUCUCAACCAGCUCUGUCAGGGAACCGUGGCCGAGCUGGGCAACACCCCUUGGAUCAUUAUAUCCUGCGCAAUCGUGGCCAUUCCAUUCGUGCUCGUCAAAUCUAUGAAGGAAGUCGCAUUCAUGAGUGCAUUUGGAGCUGCAGCAACCCUCAUCGUGGUCGUCAUCGUGCUUGUGAUGGCCUGUCUCGACCAAAAGAACCAGACCAACAUCCAGCACAACCCUGUCAUCUGGGACCAGUUCCCCAUCGCCCUCAGUACCAUCUCGUUCUCGUUUGGCGGCAAUGUCGUCUACCCCCACGUCGAGGCGUCCAUGAAGUCGCCCAAGCAGUGGCCUAUGGUCUUGGCUGCCGGCCUCUCGACCUGCGCAAUCAUGUACAUCGUCACAGCUGUUCCGGGCUACUACAUCUACGGCACAACCGUCCUGAGUCCGAUCUACAACAGUAUCCCGACCGGUGUGCCACGCACGAUCGCAAUUGUCUUGAUGACCAUCCACGUCCUGACAGCCGCGCCAAUCCUGAUCACCUCGCUCUCACUCGACAUCGAAGAGAUGUGCAAUAUCACUGUGGCCAGGCUGGGCAAAUGGGGCGAAUUCUUUGUGCGUGCAUUCCUGCGAAUCGUGAUCCUGGUUAUCCUUGGAGUAAUCGGUGUCUCGGUCCCACACUUUGACGAUCUGAUGUCCUUGUUGGGAGCCUUUGCCAACUGUACUCUGAUUUUCAUCUUUCCGGUCAUGUUCUACCUGCGUCUGACCGGUUUCCGAAACAAGCCUUUCUAUGAGCUCAUUUGGUGCGGACUAGUCGUUAUUCUGGGAAUCGUUGGUCUUAUUUUUGGUACCAAGGAGUCAAUUGAAGCUCUUAUUGAAGAUUUCAAAUCCGACUAGAACAAUCACCAUAAUAUAUAUAUAAUAGAGACAGAACAAAAGAAAAGAGAAAAUACCAAAAGAAGAAGAAGUUAUAUAUAUAUAUAUAUAUAUAUAUAUAUAUACUUGUGUAUGUAUGUGUUGUGUUGGUGUAUGUGUAUUGGUGUAUACAUUCUAAAGAGGUAUACUCUUGCUGUUGAAUUGUUGCAAGGAUAUAUAUAUAUAUAUACACCCACAAAUAUACACAUACACUACACCUUUAACAAACAUAUUUAUAUAUACAUAUUGCAUACUCAUAAGCAUACACAUACAAACAUACAAACAUAUACACACACCCUCUUUAUCUAACUAUCUAACUAUCUUUUACUUCCACCUAAAUAUCUCUUUAUAUAUAUAUAUAUAUAUCUCACAACUCCCUCCCUCACCUACUUACUCAUUUAUUUUUAUUUAAAAAAAAAAGGUUAUUUCUAAAAUGUAUACUAUAUAUAAAAUGUACAAAUAUAAGCAAAUUUUUGUUGUUUCUGAUAAACAUAUAUUCUUGGAAUUAUAUAAUACAAAAUAUAAAUAAUUGCGCCAACUUAUUAUUUAUUUAUUUCUUUAAAAAAAAUUUUUUCUGUUAAAUUUGAAUUACACCCAUCAUGGGUAAAGGCUUUAAAUACAAUAAACUAUAUAGACAACAUGUAUAUAGUUUUAUUACAUCUAC